UUGUCGCCCUGAAUCCGUUACACUUAAGGAAACGAAUGGUACGGCGUGCAGCUGUACGGUGGGUUCAAUCUAGCCCUCACGCCGCCCAAAGCUAUAGCCAUCAAGCAGUAGUAGCAGGCAAGGAAGGAUAUGACAGUAGCCCUCUGUGGGUUAUCAGAGCUUAUCAUAGUGGGGACCUUAUUCCUGGUAAACUUGCUAUCAAUCACAAACAAGCAUAUAUUGCUUUUGGAGGCAAUGAAGUGAUCGUUCAUAGCUUCGAGGUGUUGUGUGCCCCGGCUCAUUUAAUACGCUGGAAGCCAGCUAGCAUGGGCGCAGUCCCCGCUGGAGCCAUCCCAGGUGGCAAAACUCAAACUGGGGAAACACUAUACAUUGGCAGAGUGGAUCAUAUGAACUCUCUUACACCUGGAAAGGUACAUCCCAGCCAUCGCCGUAUGUACAUUUCAUUCGGCGGCAAAGAAGUGCCUUACACACAGUAUGAAGUUCUCUGCAGAAUCUAAUAUCGAAAAUUUACAUACGUUCAGACGAUUGUAAAACCAAAAUUCAUAAACUUUCAGGUUCAUAAUAUUCUUUUUUUAUAAUAUCAAGUGACAUAUCUAUUAUAUAUCUAUGUUUUAAUAUCUAUUAUAUAUCUAUGUUUUAAUGAAACUGUGAGUAGCCAAAUCGAAGAGAUAAGAUAUUUUAUAUUUUAACUAUAUAAUUAGCUUAUUAUAUUUAAAAUUGGAUUGCGCCCUUUUCUCUUCGAAGUAUCGAUUAUGACAUUCAAAAAAAUGUCUCACUUCUUAACUCAAUUCUCGCCAUUUACAGUGUACGAUUAUUGUAUCAUAUUUUCAAUUUCAUAGAAGCAAUAGUAAACUGGAACGUCGUCAUCCAGAGCCUACGUUUAGAUAGGGGCUGAUGGUAUGUUUGUGUGUGAACAAAUAUAACUUACCAAAAGAUAGGUGUUCUCUUGUCGUUCUCCUUUUCUUUCCUCAUGAAGUAGAAGAAGACAGCGCUGCCAAGCAUGAAGAUGAAAGUCUCUCUAGCAGGAGAGCGCCGCAACCAGCCUUUCAUUUCUAAAGUGCGAAGCCAGUAUUCGAAUACCUGAACGAGUAAAACUUUUAAUUGAAAAUUGUAUGCUAAAUUAAGUUUAUAAAAAAAUAUGAGUGACAAUUUCAGUUACCGAUCGCUCAUACAGUACAAGGAUCAUACAA